AUUUGCACAAACGGUGAAUCUGCAUCCAUUCAAAUUAACUCAGGAAUCGACUAUAGAAUGACUAAAGGAAAAACUAAGUGGAAGGAGUUUUUGGAGGUAGUAAGUACUCUGCAAUGGGCUUUAACCUUUCUCCUCUUAGGAGUGGCCUGCACUCUCUUGAUGGUGUACCUCAUGUUCACCUCACUGUGGCCGCUCCCCACUCUCUACUUCAUCUGGCAGGUGAUAGACUGGCAAACCCCUGAGAGAGGGGGCAGGAAACAACAACACACAACAUUUGUGAGGAACUGGAGGGUAUGGGAGCACCUCAGGGACUUUUUCCCAGUCAAAUUGGUGAAGACAGCCGAGCUGAAUCCAAACAAGAACUACGUUGUUGGUAUUCAUCCGCACGGCAUCAUGAGUGCCGGGGCCUUCACCUGCUUCAGCACCGAGUGCUGCGGCUUCACCGAGUUGUUCCCUGGGCUGCGAUCCACCCUGGUGAUACUGGCCGGGCUUUUUACUCCGCUCUUUAGGGAGUACUUAAUGUUUGCAGGUCUUCUUCCAGUCAGCAAGCCGAGCCUCGUGCACCUCCUCACCAAAAGAGGGAAGGGAAACGCAGUGGUGAUUGUGAUAGGAGGCGCUGCGGAGUCGCUGGCCUCAGCUCCUGGAGUCAACACUGUGGUGAUGAGGCAGAGGAAGGGAUUUGUCAGGGUGGCCCUGGAGUUUGGGGCCGAUCUGGUGCCAGUUUACUCGUUUGGGGAAAAUGAGCUCUUUAAGCAGGUGAUUUUGUCAGAAGGCAGCAUCGGGCUGAAGUUACAGGUCCUGUUCAAAAAGAUUGUGGGUUUCGCCCCGUGUCUGUUCGUUGGAGAGCACAUGGCCAUCCUGCCCUACAGGAAACCCGUCACAACUGUUGUGGGAAGUCCAAUCUCAGUGCCGAAGCCCUUCAGCCCCACUGAGGAGGAGGUGGACCACUAUCAUAGACUUUACAUGGAGGCCCUGACCAAGUUAUUCCACGAACACAAGGUCAGCUGUGGACUCUCUGAAAGCCACCAGCUCCAGAUCAUCUAGACAACUCUCUUCCAAAUGUAAUAGCUGUUUUUAUUUGAGUGUGGAUCCGAUAGUCCUGAACAUUGACCCUCCAGGUUCUACUGUAGUUUAUGAUAAUAUCUCAUGUGAAUAUGUGCAUAUGUGCCAGUGUGAAACAAUAAAUUGAAUCAAAAUG